UGCCAGGGGGAGUCCUUUCUUCUCCUCCUCUUCACUCCUCUCUUUCUCUCUCUCUCUCUCUCACUCUCCUGCUCUGUCUCCCUCCCUCCCUUCAUUGCUCCUUGCCAUGGCUUAUGAUGGCAAUCGUGACUUUGGCGGUGGUUACGAUGACUCUUACGAUGAUCGCCCCGAGUUUCGUGACGGCUUCCGUGACCUGCAGCCGCUUGAACCCGGUUUCGACACCACCAACUAUGUUCCCGAUGUCGUUCGAACCUUUGUAGUCUAUCUCUACCGCCAUAUCCGCGAAAAAAAUGUGUAUGAGAUUCACCAGAUGUACGAGGGCAGCUUUCAGAAACUGAGUGACCGCUUAUUCAAGCAGAGCAAAUGGCCCGCGGUAGAGAUGAUUGCUCCCUACGUCGAAAACGAUCACGUUUUCUGCCUCCUCUACAAAGAAAUGUGGUUUCGUCAUGUCUACGCGCGUCUUCAGCCCACUCUCGAGCAGCGCUGCGACUCGUGGGACAACUAUUGCAACCUGUUUCAGGUUAUCUUACAUGGCAAUGUCAAUAUGCAGCUUCCUAAUCAAUGGUUAUGGGACAUGGUAGACGAGUUCAUCUACCAGUUUCAGUCCUUCUGUCAAUACCGGGCUAAACUGAAGCAGAAGACCGACCAAGAGCUGGCGGUGCUGAGGGAAAUUGAUGAGGUGUGGAACGUCGUCGGAGUGUUGAACUACCUUCAAGCAUUGAUUGAAAAGUCGAUGAUACUGCAAAUUCUUGAGGAAGAGAAAGACGGAAACGUCACCUUCACAGCUACCGAUGGUUACGAUUAUCAUGGAGGAACGAACGUGCUGAAAGUCCUCGGGUACUUCAGCAUUGUUGGUCUGCUGCGGGUUCAUUGCUUGUUAGGUGACUAUCACAGUGGUCUUCGCGCGCUCUCACCUAUUGAUAUUAAUCAGCCUGGUGUGUUUAAUACUGUCAUCGGGUGUCAAAUUACAACGAUCUACUAUUACGGUUUUGCCAAUCUUAUGUUGCGAAGAUAUGUGGAUUCUAUAAAAUCUUUCAAUCAAAUUUUACUGUACAUUUUCAAGACCAAGCAAUAUCACCAGCGCUCAUCCCAGUAUGACCAGAUUUUAAAGAAGAAUGAGCAGAUGUAUGCCCUUCUCGCCAUUUGCCUGUCGCUUUGUCCUCAUCCGAAAUUGGUUGAGGAGAAUGUCAACAAUCAGUUGCGAGAGAAGUAUGCUGAAAAGAUGUUGCGAAUGCAACGCAGUGAUGAAGCCAUGUUUGAUGAAUUGUUUUCUUACGCCUGUCCCAAGUUCAUCACUCCAUCUCCACCGAAUUAUGAUGAACCUCUCAUCAACUUUAAUCAGGAUGCGUACAGAUUACAGCUGAAGCUCUUUUUGUCAGAAGUGCGACAGCAGCAGCUUCUUUCUAGCAUCCGGAGUUUCCUGAAACUCUACACUACCAUCUCCAUUGCCAAGCUUGCAUCUUUCAUGGAUGUUGACGAGCCCACUCUUAGGGUGGCGUUGCUCACGUACAAGCACAAAACACAUGUGAUUAACUAUGACGGCACUGUCCUCUCUAACGCGGAUGUGGACUUUUACGUUGAUGAUGACAUGAUCCAUAUUGCUGACACUAAGGUCACGAAACGCUUUGGUGAUUACUUUAUUCGUCAUAUUCAGAAGUUCGAUGAAAUUGUAAAUGAGUUGGAUCGCACUCAGCUGGAAUGAGGAAAUUUCCUUUUUAGUCGCAGUCACAGGGAAUUUCGCUGAUAAGAUGUGGCUUCUCUGAAGUGUUUUAACAUAUCUUUCGGUUACUGGGAUAGCACAAUGACACCAUCGUCAUUUUUUUGUAGCAACCGUUUUUAAUCUAUAAGAUUUUGUCUUCACAAUUGUCCUAAU